AUGAUCCGGGAGGUGUGCGGCUUUGCCCUCUAUGAGCGGAGCGCCAUGGAGCUGCUCAAGUCGGCCGGUCCCGGGGCAGCGGCGGCCGGAGCCCCGGUGCCCGUGGACUGCUCAGACGAGGCGGGCAACACCGCGCUGCAGUUCGCUGCGGCCGGAGGCCACGAGCCGCUGGUGCGCUUCCUGCUGCGGCGCGGUGCCUCGGUGAACAGCCGCAACCACUACGGCUGGAGCGCGCUGAUGCAGGCGGCCAGGUUUGGGCAUGCAAGUGUGGCACACCUCCUCCUGGAUCAUGGGGCCGAUGUCAAUGCCCAGAACCGGCUGGGGGCCAGUGUGCUCACUGUGGCCUCUCGGGGUGGCCACCUGGGUGUGGUGAAGCUACUUCUGGAAGCCGGUGCCUUUGUGGACCAUCACAGCCCCUGUGGAGAGCAGCCAGGGCUGGGAGGCAUCAGGGAUGAGCUGCUGGAUAUCACAGCCCUGAUGGCCGCCGUCCAGCAUGGGCAUGAGGGUGUGGUGCGGCUGCUGCUGGAGUGGGGUGCGGACCCCAACCAUGCAGCUCGGACAGUGGGCUGGAGCCCCCUGAUGUUGGCGGCACUGGCCGGGAGGUUGGCUGUGGCCCAGCAGCUGGCAGAGAAGGGAGCCAACCCUGACCACCUCAGUGUGCUGGAGAAGACAGCCUUUGAGGUAGCGCUGGACCGCAGACACAGGGACCUUGCAGACUACCUGGACCCGCUGACCACCGUCAGGCCCAGAACAGAUGAGGAGAAGAGGCGUCCUGAUAUUUUUCAUGCAUUGAAAAUGGGAAACUUCCAGCUGGUCAAAGAGAUCGCCGAUGAAGACCCCAACCAUGUGAACCUGGUCAAUGGGGAUGGGGCAACCCCGCUGAUGCUGGCCGCUGUCACAGGGCAGCUGCCCCUGGUGCAGCUGCUGGUAGAGAGGCACGCUGACAUCGACAAGCAGGAUAGCGUGCAUGGCUGGACAGCCCUCAUGCAGGCCACCUACCACGGGAACAAGGAGAUUGUCAAGUUUCUGCUAAACCAAGGGGCUGAUGUUGCUCUUCGAGCAAAAAAUGGGUACACAGCCUUUGACCUAGUGAUGCUGCUGAAUGAUCCUGACACGGAACUAGUUCGGCUGCUGGCAUCUGUCUGCAUGCAGGUGAAUAAGGACAAAGGCCGGCCAAGCCAUCCUCCACCUCUGCCCCACACGAAGGUCAGAGAGCCAUGGAGCAUCCCGGUGCUGCCCGAUGACAAGGGUGGCCUGAAGUCCUGGUGGAACCGGAUGUCCAAUCGCUUCCGCAAGCUCAAACUGAUGCAGACACUGCCCCGUGGGCUGUCCAUCAACCAGCCCUUACCUUUUGCCGAUGAGCCCGAGCCAGCGCUGGACUCAACGAUGAGGGCCACCUCCCAGGACAAGACAGACUUCCCUGGGCUCCCCACUGUGGCCCAUAUGACCAAAGACAAUGGUCCUGGGAGCACGAGAGGAGAAAAGGAAGAUGCGUUAUUGACGACCAUGCUUCGAAAUGGGGCACCUUUUACCAGGCUCCCGAGCGACAAACUGAAGGCAGUCAUCCCUCCUUUCCUGCCCCCUUCCAGCUUUGAACUGUGGAGCUCUGACCGCUCCAGGGCCUGUCAGAAUGGGAAGGCAGAGCCCAUGAAGACUGGGCUGCUCCAGAGAGCCAGCAGGGGCCAUGCUGUGGGCAGCGGGGGCACAGACAGCACCCCUGUCAGGCCGGUGAAAUUUCCCAGCCUCUCCAGAAGCCCUGCCUCUCCCGCCAGUUCUGGAAACUUCAACCACUCGCCUCAUUCCUCAGGCGGCUCCAGUGCAGUAGGAGGUGUGAGCAGGCAUGGAGCAGAGCUACAUAACCGCUCAGGUGGCAGUGUGGACAGCGUCUUGUCCCAGAUCGCUGCCCAGAGGAAGAAAGCAGCAGGAUUAUCUGAACAGAAGCCCAGCCGGCGGUCAAGUCCUGUGGGCCCCAUACCAGGGCCCAGCCCCUCUGAGCUUCCAGUCUCUCCUGUGGGCAGCAGCCUUCCCAGCACCAAGAAAUUGGAGACCAAUGCACGGCCUCCAUCUGGAACUUCCACUACCUCCAAAAGCACCUCCCCUACCCUCACACCCUCCCCUUCACCUAAGGGCCACACUGCGGAGUCCUCGGUGUCCUCCUCCUCUUCCCAUCGACAGUCUAAGAGCAGUGGGGGCUCCAGCAGUGGCACCAUCACAGAUGAGGAUGAACUGACUGGAAUCCUUAAGAAGUUAUCACUUGAGAAAUACCAGCCCAUUUUUGAGGAACAAGAGGUGGACAUGGAAGCCUUCCUCACCCUCACUGACGGCGACCUACAGGAACUGGGCAUCAAGACAGAUGGGUCCCGGCAGCAGAUCCUGGCAGCCAUCUCUGAACUGAACGCAGGCAAGGGACGCGAAAGACAGAUUUUACAGGAAACCAUUCACAACUUCCACUCAUCCUUCGAGAGCAGCGCCAGCAAUACCAGGGCCCCUGGCAAUAGUCCCUCCAUGGCUGAUGCGGUCAAGCCAGAAGAAGCGGCCUGCAGCAAGAGGUAAUAGCAGCUUGGAUGGUUCUGCCAGCAUCCAGACCAUGUGGAAGCCAGGAUUGGCCAUGGAUUCCUGUCCUCAGCUGUUCCUGUCCUCAGCUGUUCCUGACCUCACAUAUUUGUGUUGAUGGGAUUCACACCAAGGUGGACAGAAAGAAGGAAGGCUGUCUGAUCAAAUUCUGGAGGCUGAUCCAGCAGGGGGCAGUGAGCAGCCCCUCUCCCUUUCCUUUGUUCCUUCCUCAGAACUGCCAGAAGGCGUCUGGCAGGCCAGGCCUGAGGCUAGGUGGCCACAGACACCUCCUGAGCUGUGCUUCCACGUCAGGUGCCACAUGCUGUACCUAGGGUCCUUCCUGCAGGGUGGAAGAGGGUGGGUGAUGCCUGCAGAAGAUGAAGUGGUGAAGUGGAGCACCUCUGUGGCUGCCCUUGUCCAUUUCAAGCAAGUUAAUCAUGUCUUAUGAACCAUCAGAGAGACCUGGUGUUUUCUCUAAUAAAGUCGAUGCCCAAUCCUGCAGGGCUGGCUGGAGAGGACGACUCUCCUCCGGAGUUGGGGGCUCCCUUUCCCUUAGAAGUUUGCAUGUAUUCCCCAGGUAUUUCUUGAGGGCUUGCUAACCUCUGCUGGUUCAGAGGGCUCUGUUUGAACUCUACCUUAGUAUUAGCUCCUCAACUGAGAAAUCAAACCCAGAGGGACAACAGUUCAGUAGAUCUUGGGGGUGGCACAGGAAGUGGUGAGAGAUCAAAGCCCAGUCCACUUGUCUUUAGUCAUUCCCACUUCACUGUAGCCAAAACUACAACUUGCUGCCCCCAGGGCUCCCGGUUCACCUCCAUCAUAGGGUCCCUCCCAGGCUCCUGCUUGCUGUAGGGACCCAUCUCAGCCCCAGGCAUGGCUGUCUUUCUUAAGGAGACUGGGGUUUGGAGUAGGCCCUAAGCUGUCAUCAAGGUCACUGGUAGAGGCUGAUCCAGCAGGGGGCGGUAGGCAGCCCAUCUCG